UGUGUGUGGCGGUGGUAGUCUGGUGUAGUGUUGUGUUGUAUGUUAUGGUGUGUGAUGGUAGUUGUGGUUUGGUGUGGUGUUGCGUGGUAUGUUAUGGUGUGUGAUGGUUGUGGUGUGGCGGUGGUGUGUAGUGCACCGUAGCGACUGACUGAUUGCUACAGCUGAGGUGAACAGCGAACUGCCAUGUGUGUGUGUGUGUGUGUGUGUGUGAAAUGGGACGAAAGGAGAGAAUAGUUUAUAUACCCCUCUUAAUUAAUUUUUUGAAGAUUAAAGGAAUUUUUUUUAUUGGUAUUGUAAGGAAAUCUCACAAAACAAUAGGGAGAGCCCAGCGCAAAGACCGUAAUAAAGAAUAAAGAUACUUUGCCGUCUUUGGACCGUUGUACGUCUGGCAGAGCGGCGCCCACGUGGUUUGUUUACCUCUCAGUGGACCUUUAAAAAAAACACCACGUACAGUCCUACACCUUAUUACCACCAUGGAGGAUUGCUCAGGUGGCACAGAAGAGCUGGAGAUGUUCAACCCACCACCAGAAGGAAGAAUUAAAGAGGCAUUGCUUAAACUAUCAACAGAAGCCAAUGAGCUAUACCUGAACAGCCAAGUGCCAGUUCUGGAUGCCGUUCCCUCGCCCUUGGAGUUUUACCGGGAUUGGGUGGCAUCAAACAAACCAGUUAUCCUGCAAGGUGUCACUAAACAUUGGCCGGCCCUCACCAAGUGGACACCAGAUUACUUAAGGGCCAGGCUGGGGGAGAAGGAGGUGUCUGUGGCGGUGACACCCAAUGGCUAUGCUGACGCUCCCAAUGGCCGCUAUUUUGUCAUGCCCGAGGAGCGACAGAUGAAGUUUGGCAAGUUUCUUGACAUCAUGGAGGAUCCUGACAGUCAGACUGGGAUCUUCUACAUUCAGAAACAAAACUCAAAUUUCACAGAGGAGUUUUCGGAGAUCAUGAGUGACGCUGCUCCUGAGAUUCCCUGGUUCUCAGAGGCCCUGGGGAGGAGUCCUGAUGCUGUGAACUUCUGGAUGGGAGAUGAAAGAGCUGUCACAUCAAUGCACAAGGACCACUAUGAGAACAUCUACUGUGUGAUAAGAGGCUACAAAGACUUCAUCCUCCUGCCACCUACAGACAGUCCAUGGGUGCCUUACAGAGCCUACAAACCUGCCACUUACAAGGAAACCACCCCAGGGAACUUCACCAUAGAACCUAGCCCAGGGGAAGAGGUACCCUGGAUUUGCAUAGACCCAUUAAACCCUGAUUUUGUUUCCUUCCCCCAGUACAGACAUGCUUCCCCUGUGUGUUGUAGAGUAAAAGCUGGAGAAGCUCUCUUUUUGCCCUCCCUGUGGUACCAUCAUGUAAGGCAGUCCCAGGGGUGCUUGGCGGUCAAUUUUUGGUAUGACAUGGAGUAUGAUUUGAGGUAUAACUAUCAUAAACUAUUGCAGUCUUUAUCGUGGCUGAGAGAACCGCGGUAAUGUGAAUGUGUGUGUAUGUGGGUUAUUUGUUGUUGUUUUACAUGAUUUUAGUAUGAUUAUUAUUAUUUUUUUCUGUGCUCUCUCUCUCUCUCUCUCUCUCUCUCUCUCUCUCUCUCUCUCUCUCUCUCUCUCUCUCUCUCUCUGGUGAGGAAACCAUCGAAGUAACUGUCAUAAGUUAUCAUGGUUUAUUUGUCUUUUAAUUUUCAUCUCUAAUAUUUUCACUUCUUUGUUCGUGCGUGUUUUAAGAUUUUACUCGUUUUAUUUACUUAUAUUUAUUAUUUUAUGUAUGUAUCUAUUUUAUCCUCUCCUUCUAUGGGUUCUUAUUUUUUAUUUAUUUAUUUAUUUUUUCCGUAGGAGUGUUUGAGGCAUUGUAAAUUAGUUAAGUUCAUAAGAAGUAGCUAUCGUUGUGUUUAUUUUUUCUAUUUUUCCUAUCAACCUCCAUUAUUCUUCAUAUGUUAGUUUAUUAGUAAGUUGGUUAUUUAUUUAGCUUGUUAGUUAAAUGCAAUGUAUUUAUUUAUUUAUUUUUAUUUUUCGUUUCCUUUCGUCCAUUAUUCAUUUACAUUAUUUCUUUUCUUUCAUUUAAGUUAGCCAUAGUUUAUUAGUUACCAUUGUUACUCGUUAUUAGUGUUUUCCUCGUUGUAAUUCGAUCUCAGUUACUCGUUAUUGUGUUUCUUCAUUAUUCUGACACGUAGUUCGAUCUCAGUCUGUGAUACGCAGAGGCAGAAGGUGAAAUAAAUAAAUUGUUUCUGUCCUCAGCGAAGAAUCAA